AUGGAGGCGCUGAAGCAGAAGGGCAACGAGGCGUUCAAGAAGGGGCAGUUCUCCGCCGCCGCGCUCGCCUACAGGCGCGCGCUCGAGGCUGCGGCGGAGAGCGGCGAGGCGCCGCGCGAGACGGCGUCGCUGCACAGCAACCUGUCGUGCUCGCUACUCAAACUGGGCCACCGCGAGGAGGUCGAAUGGGAGGGGAAGGGGGAGAAUGGGGGGGGGGGGAGAGGAAGAGGGGGAGGGGGAAAGGACGGGCGGGGUGGAUGGGUGGGGGAGAAAUAUGGCUCCCCGUCUCGUGUGCACCCCUCCUUCUACCGCCAUCCCUUCCCCAACCUCCUCCUUCACCCCAUCCCCGCCUUCCUCUCAACCCCCGCCUUCACCCCAUCCCCGCCUUCCCUUCACCCAUGCAUUCCCCUCCUCCCCCCUCCAUGCGCACUCGCCUGCCCGCAUGCCCCCCAGGCGCUGGAGGCGGCGCAGCAGUGCACGGAGCUGCGGGAAGAGUGGAACAAGGGCUGGUUCCGGAAGGGCGAGGCACUGUUUGCGUUGCAGCGGUACGACGAGGCGGAGGAGGCGUACCGGCAGGCCCUGGACCGGGCGCCAGACGAUGCGACGGUGAAGCAGUGUCUGCUGUUGGCGCUGGAGGCUCAGCAGGGCUUCCUGCUUCGCCAGGUGACGCACGCCCUGCCCCUCACGCAUGCCAUGCAUGUGCCCUGCACACCCACCUUCCCUCGCUCACAUGGCAUGUAUGUGCCAUGUGCCAUGUUCGCAGGGCGGGAGUUCUGUGUGGGCAGAGGCCGCAACGUCAUCGAGUCCCAGAUAUACCGCAGUGCACAGCAGAUGCGCAACUUCAUCUACCUCGUCGGCGAUGCGCACUCCCGAGAGGCUGUUGUCGUGGACGGCGCCUGGGACGUCGAGGGCAUUCUGCGAUUCGCAGAGGCGGAGAGAGUGAAGCUGGUGGGCGCGGUGGUGACGCACUACCACUUUGACCACACGGGCGGCAUGCCGCCGCCCCCGUUUGACGCGCUGGGCAUCAAGGUGCCGGGGAUCAGGGAGCUCGCUGCUGCGCACGGCCUCAAGGUGUAUGCCAACAAGCACGAUGCGGCGCUGCUGCAAUCCAAGAAUGGUGUUCCCAGUGACUCCAUUGUGGAGGUCCAGGAUGGGGCGACGAUAGAGGUGGGGGCGGUGUCGUUGCGCUUCAUCCACACACCCGGCCACACGCCUGGCAGCCAGUGCAUCCACAUUGAACGAGCGCCGGGCCAUGAUGACGGUGUUCUAAUAUCAGGAGACACCCUCUUUAUUGGAAGCUGUGGGCGGCUGGACCUACCAGACUGCAACCGCGAGGCCAUGUACGACAGCUUGCAGAAGCUCGCUGCUCUACCGCCCGACACCAGCGUUGCUUCCGCAUGUCCACCUGCUGCUCCUCUGCACGCUGCCCUGGCCCGUGUCCCUCCCUCCUGGGCGUGGUGCAGGGUGUACCCCGGGCACGACUACGGGGGCGCGUUCACGAGCAUCGGCAAGGAGAAGGCCACUGGCUUCCUGCGCCCCAUGACCAAGCAGCAGUGGCUCGCCUCCCAGGCCAAGUGA